AUGAGCCGUGUUACAGCUGGACAGCAGCAGCGAUUAGAGUACCUCCUCCGUAAACCGGAGAAUCGCGAGUGCUUUGAGUGCUCAGCGAAGCAGCCGCGCUGGGCCAGCACCAACCUCGGUGUCUUUGUAUGCCUCCGCUGCGCCGGUCUGCAUCGUGCCAUGGGGACGCACGUAUCAAAGGUGCGCUCGACAACCAUGGACACGUGGGAGGAGGACAUGAUACGCUGUUGUGAGUGCAUUGGAAAUGAGCAUGGGCGUUCACUGUAUGAGCACAGGAUGUCACCCAAUCUGCGGCCGAGUCCCACCACCGAUAAUGCCACAGUGGAGCGGUUCGUACGCGACAAGUACGAACGCCGGAUGUACUAUCACCCACAGCAGGAGGAGCUGAUGAAGCAGUUUAUGGCUGAGGUGGCGGAGAGCGCGUGGUCAGGUUUCGUAGAGCCCACGUCAACACUUCAGCCACCGCCACCAGCAACGACGGAGUCAUCCUCGUCGUCCAUGGCGGUGCCGAUGUUGUGGGGUGGCGACUCAACAACGGCGGGCAAUGCGCCUGCGGUCAGUGUCAAGGCCCGUGGUGGCAUUGACAUAGAUGACCUGUUCUCUACAACGACGCCAGGCCCGCCACCACAACCAUCAACAACAAUAGCCACACAGCAGCAUCAGCUCUACCCUCAUUGUCAUCCCCACCAUCAGCAUUACGCGCUGUGGGUGCACACAGCGGGGGCUGGUGCGAUGGGAAGCAACCAUCAAUGUGCCUCGUCCGUAGCGUCACAUCCGGGACACCAGGUGACAGCGGUGGAUGCCAAAACAGAGGUCAUGUCUCUGUUUGCCGCACCGCCGACUCAACAAUCUCCCCAUGUAUACAGUGCUUGGCAACCCAUACAGCCCUCGAAUGGCUCUUACAUAUCGCCGUAG